CUUCCUUUGAAAUAGCACUCAAAAUGGUUCCAGCUAAGGUCUUUCUAUGGGCAUAUGUAUUACUUUUUGUACCUGGUAGCAUUGUAGCACAAGACCUUGGUGUGAAUUGGGGAGUCAUUGCAUCACAUCCUUUGGACCCUAAGAUUGUUGUUCAAAUGAUAAAAGAUAAUGGCAUCAAAAAGGUUAAGAUUUUCCACGCUGAACCACAAGUUCUAGAUGCCCUGGCCGGAACUGAUCUCGAGGUCAUGGUGGGGAUUCCUAAUGAAUCUUUGAAAAGCCUUUCUGAGAAAUACAGUGUCGCCCAGGCUUGGGUUAAAGCAAAUAUCACAGCCCAUAUGGGUAAAAAGCGUGUGAAUUUCAAGUACGUGGCAGUAGGAAAUGAACCAUUUCUGAGAGCCUACAAUAGUUCGUACAACAACGUAACACUCCCAGCUAUGAAAAACAUUCUGAAAGCAUUAAAAGAAGCUGGUCAUGGAAAAGAUAUCAAAGUAUCAACACCUCUUAACGGUGAUGUUUACUACACAACUAGUUACAGACCAUCCGAUGGAAUAUUCCGACCUGACAUAGCGGAUAUCAUGGGCCAAAUAUGUCAAUUUCUCGAUCAAAACGAUUCUCCUUUCAUUGUCAACAUCUAUCCUUUCUAUAAUAUUUACUUAUACCCCGGAUUCCCCGAAAACUACGCAUUCUUCGGUAGCGAUGACUCAAGUGCUGUAGAUGACCACGGUACAAAAUAUCACAGUGUUCUUGACGGUAAUAUCGACACUCUUGUCUCCGCACUAAAAGUAGCCAAAUUUCCAGAUAUACCGAUCAUUGUCGGCGAAGUUGGAUGGCCGACCGACGGUAAUAUCUACGCCACCACGAAAAAUGCCAAGAGAUUCUACGAUGGGCUGUUGAAGAAAAUGGCGAAAAAGGAGGGAACUCCACUUCGUCCAAAGACGUAUCCCGAUGUUUACAUGUUUGCUUUGUUAGAUGAAAAUCAAAAGAGUAUUGAUCCAGGGAUGUUUGAGAGGCACUGGGGAGUUUUUACCUUCGAUGGACAACCUAAGUAUCCGAUGGAUCUUUCGGGCAAAGGACAGAACAAGUCGCUUGUUGGUGGGAAAAAUGUGCAGUACCUGGAAAAGCAGUGGUGUGUGUAUAACAAGGAUGCUCCAAACCAAAAGGAUUUGAAUGUAAAGGUUCAAUGGGCUUGUAAUAAUACGGAUUGCACCACUUUGGUGCCUGGAGCUUCAUGUUCAGGCAUGGGUAUUGAAAUGAACGCCUCGGUUGCCUUCAACAUGUACUACCAAAUUGCAAAUCAAGUUAAAGAAAUAUGUGAUUUCGGAGGUUUAGCCAAGAUUGUGAAGCAAGAUCCAUCUAAUGGCACUUGUAAGUUCCCCAUCAUGAUUAAAACUUCCCAAACUACAUCCAAUUCCACUUUGGCGCCUGCUCCAUCAAAUUCUUCCAAUCCUCACUCUUCUUCCUCUCCCUCUACCUCUCAUUCUUCCCUACUUAUUUUUCAAUUUUUUGUGGGCAUUUUCACUCUUUGGUUUGCAUAA